GCUUAACCAGAAACUUGUGUGGGUGGAAUGCAAGGAUCACUUGCGUGGGUAGACUUCAGAAGCUUUUUUGAUGGAGCAAGUACUGGCCAGCUUUAGGAUAAUAUGAUCAACUCUCAUCUUGGGAGAAACUAGUACAGUAGAGAUCCAAGUACCACCACAGAGUCUUUCUCUGCUAUUGCAGAGGUGGCUUUUGCAGAGGUUUCCUGGCAGAACAAAUGUGUGCAAAGCAGCAGCAGACCCUGCUCCCCACAAGAGCUGCACAUGGGAGGCUUCAUAGAAACAGAGAUGCUGUGGCCUGGCCCUUUUCUACGCUCUGCAGAGUCUCUGGCCCAACUUUGUUCCAAAUGACCUUUACUGCUGCUCUUUGGGUUGCUGUAUUUGGCAAAUGUGGUCCACCACCUGCUAUACCCAAUGCCCUGCCAGCAAGUGACGUGAAUCGGACAGACUUCGAAAGUCACACCACCCUGAAAUACGAAUGCCUCCCUGGCUAUGGUAGGGGAAUAUCAAGGAUGAUGGUUUACUGCAAACCUUCGGGAGAAUGGGAGAUUUCUGUCUCCUGUGCCAAAAAACAUUGCCGUAAUCCAGGAUAUUUAGAUAAUGGAUAUGUAAAUGGAGAGACUAUCACUUUUGGAUCACAGAUAGAAUUCAGCUGCCAGGAAGGAUUUAUCUUAGUUGGCUCAUCCACUAGUUCUUGUGAGGUCCGAGGCAAAGGAGUUGCCUGGAGUAAUCCUUUCCCAGAAUGUGUAAUUGUAAAGUGUGGGCCCCCUCCAGACAUCAGCAAUGGGAAGCACAGUGGUACAGAAGACUUCUACCCAUAUAACCAUGGAAUCUCCUAUACCUGUGAUCCCGGCUUCAGGCUCGUUGGCAGCCCCUUCAUAGGCUGCACUGUGGUGAACAAAACAGUACCUGUUUGGAGCUCAAGCCCUCCUACCUGUGAAAAGAUCAUCUGUUCUCAGCCAAAUAUUUUACAUGGUGUAAUUGUUUCUGGAUAUAAAGCUACCUAUACACACAGAGACUCUGUUAGAUUGGCCUGCCUGAAUGGGACUGUCCUCAGAGGCAGACAUGUCAUCGAGUGUCAAGGUAAUGGCAAUUGGAGUUCUCUCCCGACUUGUGAGUUCGACUGUGAUUUACCGCCUGCCAUUGUCAAUGGAUAUUAUACUAGUAUGGUCUACUCUAAGAUAACUCUGGUUACAUAUGAAUGUGAUAAAGGAUACAGACUGGUUGGAAAGGCAAUCAUCUCCUGCAGCUUUUCAAAGUGGAAAGGGACAGCUCCACAGUGUAAAGCUCUAUGUCAGAAACCAGAGGUAGGAAAUGGAACGCUGUCUGAUGAGAAAGAUCAGUAUGUUGAGUCUGAAAAUGUCACCAUCCAAUGUGACUCUGGCUUUGCCAUGCUGGGUUCCCAAAGCAUCAGUUGUUCAGAGAGUGGAACCUGGUAUCCAGAGGUGCCCAGAUGUGAGCAGGAGGCCUCUGAAGACCUUAAGCCUGCGCUUACAGGCAACAAGACCAUGCAGUAUGUGCCAAAUUCACACGAUGUGAAAAUGGCUCUGGAGAUCUACAAGCUGACUCUGGAGGUUGAACUACUACAGCUCCAGAUACAAAAGGAGAAACACACUGAAGCACACUGACCGGGAGUUAUGACUGUAUGUUCUCUUAAGGAGGAAGUAGCGUCUCAUUGGCUUUCUGACUUCAGUUCCAAACAGAUUGCCUGCAGUUACCAACCUUUGUAAUGCUGGCACCAAUGUUCAUGAUAAUAAAUAUCUGCUUAGAAUAAUUCAUUAAUUAUGUUAUAAUUAAUAGGUAGUAAAUCUAUGAAACUAUCAUCUUGUGGCUCAUAAAUUUGCUUUUCUGAAUGCAAUGUGUACAUUUUGAAUGUGUGAAUUAAAAGUCAAUUUUGCUCUUGUCAUCCACUUACUUCUAUAUACAAUUAAUAAUACAUUUAUUUAAAAAUCUGAGGUGCACAAUUCACUUUGGCUCACUCACACUGUUGUGUCCCUAGACUGCUCAGUCUCUCACUGUCUCACACGUGCACAUCACCCAUGUCCUUAGAGUUCAGAGUUACUCUAAACAUUUCUCAUACCCCUUUCUACACACAUCCAGCCCAGUCUAGGCUACCCACGGAACGAUACCCAGCCUCCUGUUAACUGUGGCGAUGUGCAAGCCAUCAUGAUGGGAAGUCAUGUAGUCUCUUGGACCUUACUCCAACCUGAAAGAAGGACGUUUAAAGGACUGAUGACCAUGAAGACUACAACAGCCAUCUGUGAAUUCUCAAAGUUUCUCUCUGAUUUGAUCAGCAUUUCCCUAAAUAUUGAAUUAACAUUGCUGGAGCUACACUCCCGAUACCCAGAGAGAAAGCCUGUACCACUGUCGUUUGCAUCUGUGUUCUCUUUGUAGGCACCAUCCUUGCUCCCUCUGAGCCUUCCUCAUUCGUGUCUGAGUGCUUCCCAUUGUCACUUCACAUGGAACCCUGAAUUGUUUUUACACUAAUGAAAUUAGUCUUCCAUUUAAAAAUUAUAUUAUUAUUAUUAAAAUUAGUUUAAAAAGCUAUCUCCAAUAAGUAUAAUAUAUACAACAUAAUAAGUAUUAAUAAUGGAAUAUAUAUGGAUAGAAAUAGGUAAUGUCUAUGAGGUUUCUUUUUACUUUCCUUGCACUUUAAAUAUAAGCGUUGUGUGUAGAUUUUAACUGCUGUAAUUAAUUCUAUAAAAUAUUCACCGACUACAAACACAGCUAUUUCUGGACCUAACAGAUUAAUGUUUAAAAAUUACUUAAACUGUGUCCAUGUUUAAAGACAUCAUCCCUGCCAGGAUCCAUGAGAAAAAAUAUAUUUUCUUACUCCCACAGGGACAGUUUUAGCUCUUCUUACAUUUCCUUGGAUUUAUAGAGGAAAAUUCAUAUUUCCAGGAAAUACAUUUUUUUCUAAUUAUUUUGUCUCUGUAAGCAAGGAAAAAUGGAAAGUGCAAUGAUUAUAUGUUUCCUUCCAGUAGGUAAAAGGAAUAAAAUGUUGAAUAAAAAUGUGUUUGUUCCUAGUAAAAUAGAAAAAUAAAUUUGAAAGUUAAAAAAA